CAAGUAGCUUGAUCCGUCUCAUUUCUUUAUCGUUUGUGUGAAUAGGAAAACAAGGCAUGACAGGAUCUGUUCACCAAGUAUCUUUAGGGGUCAUAUAUUUGUAAAAUAACUUUAAUAUAUAAACCAUUGAGAAUUUUAAAGAGCUUUGCAGCUGCAAUCAUCGACUGCACCAGUUCAUUUGCAAAACUUCUAUAUGGUAAAAAGGAUUCUCUUUUGCGUACCAGAGGCCAAACACCUCUUGGUCUCAUUGAAUAAUGCUUAUAAAGAAUAAAGAAUACAUUUGAAUAACAGACCUCAUGAUUACAAACUGAAUUUGAUCAACUGAAAACAACUUUACCAUUAAAGGAGACAUAUUAUACCCUAUUUCCCCAAGUUAAAAUACUUACUGUACUUACUGUUGGACUUACUUUAUUGAUCCCAGAAUGGAAAAUUGUUACAGCCUCAAUAGACGUCAGGCAUAGAACAUAAUAAUAUACAUUGCUAAAGGGAGAAUAAUAGAAUAUAAUGGUAUAACCUACGAAUAUGGUAAAGGGUUAACUGAGUGUUUGGAUUUACAGUAGUGCAAAAAAAAAGUAGAAGUGCAAUGAAAACAGUAGUAGAGCCUGGGAUGUAAACAUGGUGCAGAGUGACCAGUUCUAUCAGUCAUUAUUAUUGUAAAGUGGGAUGGUUUGAGGCAGGAAAGAUUUCUUGUAACUGUCUGUCUUUGACAGUCUUACGGCUCAGGACAGUGUUGUAGGUGGCUGAUAAUUUGUGUCUUAGUUCACCUCCUCCAGGAAGUGAUGGUUUCCUCAAAGUAUAAAAUAGACCAUUAUUAUUAUAUUAUUAUUAUUAGUAGUAGUAGUAGUAGUAGUAGACGGCCUUCCUUGACUCCUCUUUCAAACCAGUCCCCGAGAGCUAAACACAGAAGAUUCAGCAGACGUAUAGAGAAGCGACAUUGGCCUGCUUUAAUUGGUCCCCACUAAAGCAGGUAUUUGAGUGCAUGUCCACUGAAGGUGUUUGUACAGAUUAUACAUGUGUAUAUAUGAAGCAGUCCUUCUUUUUAUAAUUCAUUUUCCUCAUCUUUAGGAAUUUUAAAUAAAGUGACAGAUUUUUGUUGUGUUCUCUGCCACUAUUGUCUGGAUUGUAUUUCCUAUUUAUUGUGUAUGGUGUUGUCUGUGUGUGUUGGUGAAGUUGACAGUUAGAGAAGUCUCACUUGUGUUGCAGUAAAUAUCUCCUUGCCUUUGACACCUGCCCACAGAGUUUCGAUUGAGGGAGUUGGAGGGUUGACUACAAAAAGUGAAGGGGGGCGCAGCCUCAGCCACACUGCGUAGCUGCAGGUUGACAAUGAUGCAAAUAUUCUGCAUUAUAUUUGUCCUUUAUUUCUUCACCCCAGCUGGGGGAAGUGAGGUUGGCAUAGUACAUGGUACCAUUUCAACGCCUCAUUCCAGGCCCUAUAUGGCAUCACUCCAGUUUUCUAAAAAUCACAAGUGUGGCGGCAUUCUCAUUCGGGAGGACUUUGUUUUGACGGCAGCACACUGCAAAAAGACUCAAGACAUGACUGUGGUACUCGGGGCACACAACAUAAACAAGAGUGAGAAAAGUCAGCAACAGAUCAAAGUGGCUGCAUACCAUUCACAUCCAAAAUUCACUGGAGAAUAUGAUCACGACAUUAUGCUUCUUAAGUUGAAAAAGAAAGCCAAACUGAACAAGUAUGUCAGAGCCAUCGAGUUGCCUGAGAAAGACAAUGAGAUCCAUGCCAAUGUUCCAUGUGUCGUUGCUGGCUGGGGCCAAACUGGAGUUCAGGAGCCUGACUCAAAAUUACUGAGGGAAACCACAGAGAAGACUCAGUCCAGCUUUGAGUGCAAAACCAUAUGGCAACAAUACUUCAACAGUGAUCGCAUGAUAUGCACCACAUUUGACAAGAAGAAGGGAGGAGUUUGCCAGGGUGAUUCUGGCGGACCACUCAUUUGUGAUGGCAAGCCUCAGGGUAUUACGGCUUAUACUGCACAAGACUGUAGUGAUACCAGGUCCCCUCAUGUCUUCACAAAGAUACAAUUCUUUCUUCCAUGGAUCAAGAAAGUCAUGCAGGGAAAUAGGAAUGUUGAGUGAGACAUUAUGCAGUGGGCAAAAAUCUGUUCAUUUCUUCUAUUGAUUAUCAAAUAUCAAGGCUUUGGGGUUUUUUGCAUUAAAAACUGAAGAAGAAUGCUUGAAAUUGUAUUGUAAUUCAAUGGAAAGUCUCACUAUGCACACAUAAAUAUAGUGCUCAUGUCAUUUCAAAUCAUAGUGCAAGAACAUUUUACUCUUAAAGUCCUUCUUUAAUGCAAACUGUAAAUGUGUUUAGACUGAAUGGAUUAAAGAGAAAUGACAGUGUACCAAUUGUGGGUAGAGACAGAACAGAUAUUGAAAGUAUUUCAGUGAGUGUGGUUGUUGUGGUAAAAAGAAAGAAAAAAAAAAAAAGCCUAAACACUUUAUGAUAAAACCCCAAACCAUCGCUGUAGCAUUCAUGCAUCAUCAGUCAUAGUGCAAACUCUUGAAGUUGAACCGUUUUCUGUCAGUGAAACCUGUCAUCUGAAAAGAGAAGUAAAACAAAGUGCUGUUUAAAAGAAAAUCAAUGCCUAAAAAUUACACCUCAUUAGUCUCAAAAGGAUUCUAACAUUUUUGAGUUCAAUCAUCUUUUUUAUAGAGGAGACAUUAUUAUAACACUGUGGUUUGUUUGUCUUAUUGUUAUGAAAGAAAUGAAGCCUAAACCAUGUGACAAUUACCUGA